UAGAAGCGAAGGCGCGGACCCUCUUAACUCCGCGCUAUUUUCCCCACGUAAUGGGAAACUGUCAGUUGAGGAACAAUAUGGCACCUGCCAUUUAAUUGGACGUUAAACGUAUGGAAAACUUCUGUUGAGAGUGGGGAUUUUAUUCAUGAUAAAUGGCAAAUCACGAGCGCAACAAAAAGAUUCUGCUAGAACUGGCCAAACAGCCGGAUAACAAUCGCUGCGCGGAUUGUUGCGCACCGGAGCCAGAUUGGGCCUCCUACAAACUAGGUGUAUUUGUAUGCCUAAAGUGCUCAGGGACUCACCGCAACCUGCCCACAGUUAGUCGCAUCAAAUCCAUACGGCUGGACUUCUGGGAUGAUGAACUGGUAGAGUUCAUGAAGGCCAAUGGGAAUCGUGCAGCUCGAGAAAUCUAUGAGAAGGAUGUCCCCGCCUUCUACUACCGGCCACAGCCUGGUGACUGCGAGGUUCUGAGGGAGCAGUGGAUUCGAGCCAAAUAUGAGCGAUUAGAAUUUACAGCAGAGAAAAAUCUCCUCCAGAAGCCCUAUACAUCUGGUGUCCGCGAGGGAAUCCUUUGGAAAAAGGGGAAGGACAAUGGACAUUUUCAGAAGAGGAAGUUUGUGCUGUCGUUCGCAGAUUUUAGCCUGAAGUACUUCAACAAGGAGGAUGAAUCAAAAGGGCCCAAGUCAGUCAUUGCGAUACGGAACUUGAAUGCUACUUUCCAGCCACAGAAAAUUGGACAUGCACAUGGUCUUCAGAUUGCCUUUUCAAAGGAAGGCUGCACAAGAAACCUUUUUGUUUAUCAUGAAAAUGGUCAGGAGAUAGUGACUUGGUUUAACACCAUAAGAGCUGCACGCUUUGCCUACCUGAAGACGGCUUAUCCCAGUGCCAGUGAUACUGAGCUGUUACCACAGAUUACACGGAGCUACCUUAAAGAAGGCUUCAUGGAGAAAACAGGUCCCUCACAUCGAGAGCCAUUCAAAAGGAGAUGGUUUAUCCUGGAUGCACUGAACAGAAAACUGCUGUAUUUUAAAUCCCAACUAGAUGCUGAGGAGCUGGGUGUCGUGUUCCUGGGCUCGGAGAAGCACGGCUAUUCGGCCAGCGAGAGCUCGGCUGUGGGCGCGCGGGGCAACAAGUGGAAGUACGGCCUGGCGGUGCACACGCCUGAGAGGAAGUUCCUGUUCAUGUGCGAGCAGGAGAGGGAGCAGAGGGAGUGGCUGGAGGCCCUCAGACAGGUCAUCGCUACGCCCAUGCAGCCCCAGCACUACACCAGUAAGAAGAACACACACAUGCAGCCCCACCACUACACCACUGAAGCAACCUUGAAACGCCGGAGGUGACGAUGACGGACCCAAAGGACCAGCUGUUUUCUACUUACUGAUUCCAAGUUUUAUACACUGAGGAGAUGCCCAUAGUUUACUUUUUUUAAUGGCAGCAUGUAAAUAGAGACUGUUUUUAUAAUA